UAAUAAAGACUUUGGAAAUGAGUAUAUCAUGAAUAUUAAUCAUUCUCUUUUCUUAUGAAGAAUAUCUAGAGAAAGAGAGUGAGGAAGCUGAGCCUGUGAUUCCAUUGAAGAAUGGGAUCAAGGGAGUUGUUCUUCUUGGUGUUGCUUUCCUUUCUAACUUGUCUGGUAUUAGUUGCUUCUGAAACAAAUAAUCUUGAUGUCACUAGUCUGAAAGCUCUUAUGGAUGGCUGGAAAAAUGUACCGCCAAAUUGGGUUGGAACAGAUCCCUGUGGAAGCCAUUGGAUUGGAAUUGGGUGUACUGGUGCAAGCAUCACGUCAAUAACUCUGGCUAGCUUGAGCUUGAGUGGCACUCUUUCUGGAGAUAUAGCAUCAUUGUCUGGAUUAACGAAGCUGGAUCUUUCUUAUAACAAAGGCUUGACAGGAUCCCUUCCUCAAUCCAUUGGGAGUUUAAAGAAUUUGACAAUCUUAUGUCUUAUCGGCUGCAGCUUCUCUGGUCCGAUUCCAGACACCAUAGGAUCAUUGCCUCAGCUAUCUACCUUGUCCUUGAAUCGCAACAGCUUCACGGGAAGAAUACCAUCUUCUAUUGGUAACUUAAAAAGCCUGUAUUGGUUGGAUCUCGCAGAGAAUCAGCUUACUGGACCACUCCCAGUCUCUGAUGGAACAACGAGCGGUCUUGAUCAGCUGGUUAAUGCAAAACACUUUCAUUUAGAUAAGAAUCAGUUCACCGGUGAAAUCCCACCUCAACUUUUCGCUCCAAAUAUGAAACUCAUACAUGUGCUUUUGGAGUUCAACCAGCUCACAGGCAGCAUUCCUUCAACAAUAGGACUUCUGCAGCACCUUGAAGUGCUCCGACUUGAUGGGAACAUAUUAACCGGAGAUGUACCAUCUAACAUUAGCAGUCUUACAAGUGUCGGCCAACUGGACUUAUCAAACAAUCAACUUACAGGCUCUAUACCUGAUCUUGGAAGAAUGACUAUUCUCAAUACUUUGGAUCUGAGCAAUAACUCAUUCCAAGCAUCUGCAUUCCCUUCUUGGUAUUCCAAUCUGCCAUCAUUGACAACAUUGCAUAUGCAAAGCACACAGCUUGAAGGCGAAGUUCCUCCAAAUCUCUUCACCCUUCCUCAGCUGCAAACCGUCAUACUGAGAAACAACCAACUGAACGGGACUCUAAACCUCACUUCCAACCCGAGCAGCCAGUUGAAGCUGGUUGAUUUGCGAGAUAAUAAGAUAGACUCAUUCAUCGAAAGACCUGGUGUGAAUCAUGUAAUACUGGCUAGAAAUCCUGUAUGUAUUGGAGAAGAAAAAUUGUACUGCCGUGAUGUUCAGUUAGAUCAUCCCUCCUAUACGUCUGAAUCGAAUAACUGUAUUUCUUCCACCUGUAAGGUUGAUCAAACUUCAAGUCCCAACUGCCUAUGUGCUUAUCCAUACACAGGAAAUCUAUACUUCAGAGCUCCUACAUUCUCAGAUUUGGGAAACUCAACAAUCUACAAAAUUCUAGAGCAUUCUAUGAACGUUUCUUUCACCGAAUUAGGCCUUCCUGUGGACUCGAUUUCUUUGAGUAAUCCAAUCAGGAACUCUGAUAAAUACCUUGAGUUAAGGCUGGAAAUUUUCCCAUCCAGCGCAGAAAAUUUCAACUGCACAGGAAUUUCAUCUAUUGGAUUUGUUAUGAGCAACCAAACUUUCAAGCCUCCACACAUGUUUGGACCUUAUUUCUUCAUACCUUUUACAUAUGAUCAUUUCCCAGGUGGUUCUAACAAGUCAGUGAAUGUUGCUGUCAUAAUUGGGGUAGUGGUUGGUGGUUCUAUCCUCGUGUUGUUGGCUAUAUUUAUCGGAUUUUAUGCGUUACGUCAGAGGAAAAGAGCAGUGAAAGCUGAUAAGAAGAAUAAUCCUUUCUCUUCUUGGGGCUCAAGUAAGGAUAAGAGUGGUGGUGACAUUCCUCAGUUAAAAGGGGCGAGGGCAUUCUCGUUUGGGGAAGUGAAGAAGUACACAAACAAUUUCUCCAAGGCCAAUGAUAUCGGUUCGGGUGGCUAUGGGAUAGUGUACAAGGGUACUCUUCCAAAUGGGCAUCUUCUUGCUAUUAAAAGAGCACAAAAGGGAUCAAUGCAAGGAGCAGUUGAGUUCAAAAGUGAGAUUGAGCUUUUAUCGAGAGUCCAUCACAAGAAUGUAGUCGGGCUUGUUGGAUUUUGCUUUGAUCAAGGCGAGCAGAUGCUUGUCUACGAGUACAUUCCAAAUGGAACUCUCAAGGAGAGCCUCUUAGGAAAAUCGGGAAUCAUGUUAGAUUGGUCUAGGAGGCUUCGGAUAGCUCUCGGAGCAGCUAGGGGCUUGCACUAUUUGCAUGAACUUGCAAAUCCUCCAAUCAUACAUAGGGACAUUAAAUCCAACAACAUUUUACUUGACGAAAGGCUAAAUGCUAAAGUUGCUGAUUUUGGUCUCUCCAAAGCAAUGGGAGACUCUGAACAAACACACAUCAGUACUCAAGUCAAGGGAACUAUGGGAUACAUGGAUCCGGAAUACUACAUGACACAACACCUGACAGACAAGAGCGACGUUUAUAGUUUUGGUGUGCUAUUAUUAGAGAUUGUAACCGCCAAACAACCGAUCGAUAAAGGCAAGUAUAUAGUAAGAGAGGUUCGACAAAGAAUGGACAAAACCAAAGUUCUUUAUGAUAUUCACGAGCUCAUAGACCCCACUCUCUUGGGCCUAACACUUAAUGGCUUGGAGAAGUUUGUGGAAAUCGCGAUGAGAUGCGUUGCGGAUACAGCAGCCGAGAGGCCUACAAUGGGAGAAGUUGUGAAGGAAAUCGAGGGUGUAGCUCAGAUGGCUGGCAUGAAUCCAAAUGCUGAGUCAUCGACUACAUCCGAGAACUAUGAAGGGUCUAGCCAAGCGUUUAGCCAUCCUUAUAGUGAUGAAAGUUUGUCUGUUUAUAAGUAAGUGAAGAUGUGGAAGUGUUUUAGCUUUUGUGAACAAAUUGAAAUGUCACUAAUUCUUUUGAAUUGGUUGUAUGAAUUAUCUUGACACUAUUUGAAAAUUGGUAUUUUUCUUUAUUUAUUUAUUUGUAAAAUUAGGGUAAGUAAGUUAGCAUGAUAUAUAAAUAGGUGUUUUUAAU